AUGUCUUACGAUCGAGUACUUCCCAAUCCUGCUUUGCUCUAUGACGCUUCUCAAGUCCCUCUUCCGAGGCGGUCAAAUAACCUUCUCGACUACAAGAUCAUGGAAGAGACGGCUACCAAAGUUUCACUGGUAAACUGUCGUGUUGACGGUGGUCAGUGCAGGUAUACUGCGGAAGGACCAGCAACCGGGCCGCCUCGGGUGCCUAUCUCUUCGAAAGGGGCAAACCCUAUCCUAGGUAGGAUCGAUUCCGAUCCUCCCGUCGCGUCUCCCAAGCUUGCGGUACCAGCACGUACCAAGGACAUGCCGGUGCCAGAGCAAUCCUCUCAAAUGGGGAGAUCCUCCUCUUCCAGUCCUGUGAAAUCAACAACGUCAAAGGAGUCUGUUAUGAAGUUUUGUCUCUGUCAAACGAUUCCCAGGCCAAUGAACGUGGUGGCUCAGAAUCCAGGGCUUGGGAACCCGGAUAUCUCCAAGAUUAUUGGGCAGAAAUGGAAGGAGCUGCCGCAAGAAACAAAGAAUGAAUGGCAUGCUCUUGCCAAGUAUGAAAAAGCUCGCCAUAUGCAGCAGUACCCAGAAUACCGGUACCAGCCCCGUCGCUAUAGCCGGGAUGGCAUUAAUUCCUGUGCGAUGAAGCCUGGGAUUAGCCACAAUCUUCCGUUCUCUGCAGUCUGUAACCGAUGUGGUGGGCGAGUGAUGGCCCACCCUAGUUGCCGGUCCCUAGACUCGAAACGUCGCCAGUUCAACUCUCAAGUAUCACUGAAACCAAAUGUGCAUCGGGAGAGAACCGCCAAGUCCCCAUAUGCAAUGUCCCUGUAUGCCCCCCGCACGAGUGCACCUGACGCUCAGAUUUCACAUCAAAUGGUCCAUCCUUGGCGUACUGCUCGAUGUAGCAAUGAUCAUCCACCACAUGAUCCAAGUCUGAAGCUUCCACCACUGCAGACAACAGCGCCUCUCUCCCCCUCCAUGACGCCUAUCACUCCUUUUCCGAACGACGGAUCAAGUCUCGAUGCCACACUCAUCUAUUCCCUCCAUCAGCAAAAUCAAAGUUCUCGCCAAGAUGUAAAAGCAGUGCUCCAUUACCUCAACUCCAAUCUCCAGAUGGAAGGAAAUACGAACCCCGCGUCACGCGACAGUUACUCUGCAGAUGGACAGAUGGGUGAUGCCGCUGUCGAUUUUCUCAACACCAUUUCAGUAUGGUAUUGCAUUUCGGAUGACAUUGUGAGCUCUGUGGAGCCUGUGCCGGGGCGCUCAGAAUCUAAACCGGAAGAUCAUGACUGCCAUUCUAAGAUUUCUCCCAAAACCAUCAUUUCCAAGACGGCCGAUGUGAAGACAGGCUCUUCAGCUCAACCCAGCGAAAACGGAUUAGGACCGGCCGCGUCGGUUUCCGGCUUUGAUCUCUCAACAGUCCCCAUUGCGCCGGUCCCUGCCAGCUCAUUACCGCAUAUGCAUUCACGUGUUCUGCGCCGAUCAACAAUUCAUACCCUCCCUUGGAUCACUGGCAGUGCAUGGCAUCUUUCUGAAGAGCGUGCGUUGGGUCGGACAUGA